AUGGCGGAUUUUUUAGUUGAAGUAACGGGAGACCCAAGCGAAGACGUGGGUACACGGUGGAAGCUCCAUGUGGACGGAGCCUCCAACCAGACCUUUGGAGGUGCCGGGAUCAUCCUGGAAAGCCCGAUUGGGAUUGUAUACGAACAGUCGGUCAGAUUCGAGUUUCCCAUCUCGAACAACCAGGCAGAAUAUGAAGCCCUUAUAGGAGGCUUAACCCUAGCGGCAGAAGUCGGCGCGAGAAGACUGGAAAUAUGCAGUGACUCCCAAGUCGUCACUUCCCAAGUAAACGGUAGCUACCAAGCCAAAGACCCCUUGCUUCAGAAGUACCUGGAAAAGGUUAAAAGCUUGAGCCAAAAGUUCGAAGAGGUCACGGUCCACCACGUACCUAGAGAAAGGAACACACGAGCAGACCUCCUAUCAAAGUUGGCCAGCACAAAGCCAGGGGAAGGGAACCAGUCUCUCAUCCAAGGCAUGGCAAGAGAACCAGCAAUCACUUUGCACAUGACAACCCUAGGUCUUUCCUGGCUAGACCCCAUCACCAACUUCCUAGAACACGGCAAACUCCCUAAUGAUGAAAAGGAUGCGGCGAAAUUGAGGAGGGAAGCGGCCAAAUACGCCGUCAUCCAAGGACAGCUGUUCAGGAAGGGGCUCAACCAGCCCCUACUGAAGUGCCUACGCCCCGAUCAGACGGACUACGUCCUCAGAGAAGUCCAUGAGGGCUGCUGUGGACACCAUAUCGGAGGUAAGGCCUUAGCGAGGAAACUAAUCCGAGCCGGAUAUUACUGGCCGUCGAUGAUGACGGAUUCCAAGGAGUUUGUCAAAAAAUGCGUAAAGUGCCAACAGAACGCCAACUUUGCCAAGGCGCCGGCCUCCGAGCUAAGCUUGCUAACGACCUCUCGACCAUUUUCUCAAUGGGGAGUCGACCUCUUAGGGCCCUUCCCAGUCGGCCCUGGGCAAGUCAAGAAAUUCAUGUGGAGGCAGGUGAUAACGCGAUUCGGGAUACCGGAAGUCGUCAUAUCAGACAACGGCACGCAGUUUACUGACAAGAAGUUCACGGAGUUUCUCGACGGCCUGGGUAUAAGGCAAAGGUUCUCUUCGGUAGAACACCCUCAGACAAACGGACAAGUAGAGUCCGCCAAUAAGGUCAUCCUUUCGGGGCUAAAAAAGAGGUUGGACAAUAAAAAGGGCGCUUGGGCCGACGAACUCGCAGCGGUCCUCUGGUCCUACCGAACAACCGAACAAUCCUCCACUAAGGAAACUCCUUUCCGACUAACGUACGGGGUAGACGCAGUAAUACCCGUAGAAAUCGGAGAGCCGAGCCCGCGGUUGCUUUUGAAAGGAGUGGAGGAAGCCAUAGAAAAAGACCUGAUAGAUGAAACCAGGAAAAUGGCCCAUCUGACGGAAACGGCGCUAAAACAAAGAAUGGCUCUGCGCUACAACACCAAAGUGAUCAAGAGGGAAUUUGAGCCAAACAACCUCGUCUUGAGGCGAAAUGAUAUCGGCCUACCGACCCCCGGAGAAGGCAAGCUAGCGGCGAACUGGGAAGGCCCCUACAGAAUCAAAAAGGUGAUGGGAAAAGGAGCAUUCAAGUUGGAAAGGCUUGACGGCAAAGAAGUCCCGAGAACAUGGAACGCGGACAACCUAAGAAGAUUCUACUCCUAG